AUCGAUGCGUAUUGAUGUGAGUUCUGUCCUGAGAACAAUGCUGCACGUGCACCAUUUCGUACAAUUGGCUAUCGCGUUUUGCAUCGCCUAUAUACCUAUGAAAAUCUGGUGGAGGUGCUUAAAUCGAUUCCUCCCUGGUAUUGAACCAACAAAAGUUAUUCUUUUCAACACAGCUUUCAUUGGGUGCCGCAGUAGGCUCUGGACAUUGGUUUGGGCAAGUUCAUAAUUUAAUAUAUUCUUUUAAUCCUUUACGAGAGUUUGCUUUCAAAGGAUGGCUGAAGACCAUAACCGAUUUGUAAAUGUCUUUCCAGAGUCAAAGCGUUUCAAGACAGCAACUGUAAGGGCUAAAAUUCUCGAUAUUAAGAAACUGGGCAAUAUUGGAUUGGACAUGUCUGAAUUGCGCUGCAAAGAUUUGGAGAAUAUCAAGUGCUUCAGAGGACCACAGCCUCUAGAUUCAAGUAACAUUUUCAUUGAUUCUCAGAGCAAUGGAGAGCGCUACAUAGUUGUGAAAGAGCCGUCUUACUCUUCAUCGCACACAGCUGAGUGGCCAAGUUUUCGGAAGUUACACAAUAUACGAUUUCCAAAUGAAAAUCGUCAGGAAUCCUUGGCAAUAUGGUACCCUGAUAAUCAGGCAAAGAGCCAGCCGUCGAAGAUCUCUGAUACAUAUAAGAGAAAUGCAGUAAUCCCUAAUAUCGACUUCAAGCGGGAAAAACCGGAAAACCCUGACAUGCCGGAACCACGAACGAGAUUCAAGCCCAUCGCAUGUGACAUUUGCAACAGAGAAUUCGGCUCUUAUUCCAUCUCGAUACAUCGUCCGCAAUGCAUGAAGAAAUGGAUGUCUAACUGCAACUCGCGACCAACUGCUAUUAAAAAAUAAAUAUCGCUGACAAACUCACAGCGAACUCGCUUUUCCAAGAGCGAAUUCGCGCUUUAAUUAGCACGUCAAAUAGGAAAUCUUGAUCUUACAAUUUUUUUGUGAAAAAUUUUUUCACUAAAUAAAAUUUUACGUUUAAC